UGUACGAAACGAUAGCAACAAUCUUGAUUUGUGGCACCACUUUUUCCGGAAAGCCCGUCGUUGUUGUUCUGGCCACUGUACGAGCAUAAAAAAACAGAAGCGAGACGAAAUGGGGAAAGGGAGCGAGACCAUGGGUAACCUGUUUGGCUCCCGGUCAGUGAGGAAAGUCCUCCGUGGUUGCUCAAUGGCUUUCCGUCCGCGCUGAACUUGUCGCUGAGAUUGAACAUGUGUACGACCUUUUAAAAGACCGAAGGUGGUCAGAGCUGAAAGUGAAGCAGGAGUCAUCACAAGUCCCCUACAGGAGAGAUGCCUAGUCGACAAGCCAGAACGGUUUGAUAAAAGAUGGAAUCCAUGUGGCCCGCCGCCUUGCUCCUAGCACCGUUGGUUGCGUAUUUUAUCGCUGUAACCGUGCAAAGACGACGGCGGUUCGACCAGCUUAGCGGAACUUCGAGGCGCCUCCUAAUCAGUGGCUGUGAUAGUGGCAUCGGACUGGAACUGGCUCUGCAGCUGCACGGGGUGGGCUUCACUGUCCUGGCAGGUUGCCUGUCAGAAGAUAGCGAAGGGGCUCUGAAGCUGAAAUCCAUCAGCUCGCCGCGUCUUUGUGUCGUCUCUCUUGACGUCACGGACGACGCAAGCAUAGACGCAGCACUUGAAAAAGUUGGAGCAUGCGAGCAUGGACUGUGGGGUCUGGUGAACAACGCUGGUGUGUGCAUCAUGGGAGAGUACGAAUGGUUAACCAUCGAACAGAUUGAACGCCAAAUCCAGGUGAACCUCAUGGGAGCACUACGCUUAACGAGGGCAUGUUUACCCUUCAUACGCAACGCAAAAGGUCGUAUCGUAAGCCUAAGCAGCGUUCAAGCCACACAGCCGUUUCCAGGACUGUCUGUCUACAGUGCAUCAAAAACAGCGUUGGAGAGCUUCUCGGAAGGUUUGAGUGUGGAAGUAGCUCGCCAUGGCGUCCACGUGGCAGUUGUUCAACCAGGGGACGUCGUCAAGCACACCAGUCUCAUGGAACGACAAAGAAAUGAGUAUGAGGUCAUGUGGAACGCCAUGAGUGAAAGCCAAAAGGAACUAUACGGAAAGCAGUUCAAGAAGUACCAGAAGACUGUCCUAAAGAACAUGGGGUAUUUCAGCCCAAUCCACCUGCGGAACGCCCGGGUGUUUCGUGACGUUAAGCACGCCCUCUGCUCUGAUCAACCUCGUACCAGGUACGACGCGACGGACGCUUGGGCGAUAUUUCUACGCAUCUUAGCGUUAUCGCCGGCGAUUGUUAGCCGGAGCGUGCUGGUGAUGGUACAUCAUAUGUCUCUGAAGUCGUGAGAGUGGACUUUCUGUACGUUCUGACUUUUGAGUGAUCAGCGUGGACCCCGUCGAGGGUCGAUGACGAUGGACAUUGGAAAAGUCAAGGUCGUGGUGACGUGAUACGACGAACGGGUGUGAAAGGUUGCAUUCCAAAGUAUAUGUGCAAUAAAAUCGGUGUUUUGUU